CUCAGUUUCUUGUGACAGUAGAAACGGUUUCCGUCUGUUGAAUUAAAAACAAGCGAAUCAUUCUUUAAUGUUGACUGAUGUUGUUAUUUUAGGUCAAAGUUACUGAAUGUUUUUCAGAUGUGCUGAGAAAUUGUUGGCGGCUGCAGGAUCCAAUCUUCUCCACUAGAAGGAGUGUUGCAGCAAUAAUGAACUUUGGAAGACCCUCAUUUGUUCCAAUGUAAGAGAGGCAUUUCCUGAAACCUUAAGAGGAGCAUCCAGCACUCAGAGAAAGGAACUGAUAGUUACAGGGACGUUCAUCAGACUGUAGUGGGAUAUGCAACGCCCCUCCUCUUUUAAAUCAAAACUCAGCAGUUCUGCAAAGCUCUUUGAACCGGACAGAGAACCGGGUCAGACCAUCGGGGAACUCUGCUGAGCAACAUGGAGGAAUCAGCACACAGACGAGGAGACAAGAAAGUGGUGGCAGUGGUGGGCGGUGGUUUGGUGGGGGCACUCAACGCCUGCUUCUUCGCCAAAAGAGGCUUUGAGGUGGAAGUCUUUGAAACAAGAGAAGAUAUUCGGAAAGCCAAAGUAGUGAAAGGCAGAAGCAUCAACCUGGCUUUGUCCCACAGAGGUCGGCAAGCCCUGAAACAUGUUGGAAUGGAGGAUAAGAUUGUUUCUAAGGGAAUCCAGAUGAAUGCCAGGAUGAUUCAUUCGCUACGUGGGAAACAAACUCCGAUCCCGUAUGGGAAGAGAGGACAGUACAUCCUUUCUGUUGACAGAGCCAAUCUGAACAAAGAGCUGCUAACAGCGGCAGAGACGUAUCCAAACACAAAGCUGAACUUCGACCACAAACUGCAGGACUGGAGUGCUGAAACCGGACUAAUGACCUUCGCCAGGCCGGACGGAUCCGAGACGCAGACUCAAGCGGACCUGAUCGUCGGUUGCGACGGAGCGUUCUCCGCCGUCCGGAAGCAGUUCCUGCGCCGCAGCCGCUUCAACUACAGCCAGACGUACAUCCCGCACGGAUACAUGGAGCUCACCAUGCCGCCGAGAAACGGGGAGUUCGCUAUGAGGCCGAACUACCUGCACAUCUGGCCCAGAAACACCUUCAUGAUGAUCGCGCUCCCCAACCUGGACAAGACGUUCACCUGCACCCUCUUCAUGCCCUUUGAAGAGUUUGAGAAAAUCACCACAGGAGACGAAGUCAUCGAGUUUUUCCAAAAAUACUUCCCUGACGCCAUCCCGCUAAUCGGAGCCGCCGCCCUCAGGAGGGAUUAUUUCCGUCUGCCUGCUCAGGCCAUGGUCUCCGUGAAGUGCUCCCCGUAUCACAUUGGGGACAAAUGCGUCCUCAUGGGGGACGCGGCCCACGCUGUGGUGCCUUUCUACGGCCAGGGGAUGAACGCCGGCUUUGAAGACUGCAUUGUCUUUGAUGAAAUAAUGAAUAAGUUCAAUGAGGAUUUCAGUGCGGUGCUGCCAGAGUACAGCCGGGUCCGGGUUCCUGACGACCACGCCAUCGCAGAUCUGGCCAUGUACAACUACGUCGAAAUGCGGGCGCACGUCAACUCCAAAUGGUUUAUUUUCAGAAAACACGUGGACAAUCUUCUUCACCUCCUCAUGCCGAAGACGAUUAUUCCACUUUACACAAUGGUGACUUUCACCAGGACCAGAUACCAUGUAGCUGUGGAGCGCUGGCAUUGGCAGGACAAAGUGAUAAACCGUGGCCUGCUGCUGGGAGCUGUGGGAGCUGCUGUCGGCGGCUCCUAUCUGCUCAUUAAAAAUCCUCCAGACAUCAACAGGCUCGUUAUCACAGCUGAGAAGAUCUGGAACAAGAUGGUCGCCCUGAAGGCGCCGCCGAGUGUCGGCGCCGCCUCUCAGAUCUGACAGACAGGAGCAGCGAAAGAGCCUCAGAACGUGGGAACGAACUGAGCGGCGUCCAAAUUUAAUUCCAAAAAAAUCUUAUAAUGUCUGGAGCAGCAGCAGACUUCAGAUUAGGAUGUUUCAGUUAAAGCAAACGAACAGAUUUCAUCUUUAUGUAACAUUUUCACAUUAAAAUAAGUCCUUAUUUUUAUUUGUCACAAUACAAUUCUGUACGUU